CCUGAUGGUGUGGCUAAAGUUAGCCCCCUAUGGGCUAGUAUAUAAGGCUCCAGGCAUCCAAUACUUAUAUGUCAGUCACAUCGGCUUGGCGUAGGCUUCUCUUCUUGACCAACAACAACCUCACAAACUUGAGAGAUGGCACCCAAGAAAGCCAAGAGGAGGCAGCAGCAGGGUGAGGGUGGAUCCUCCAACGUGUUCUCCAUGUUUGAGCAGAGUCAGAUCCAGGAGUACAAGGAGGCUUUCACAAUCAUCGAUCAGAACAGAGAUGGCAUCAUCAGCAAGGACGACCUCAGGGACGUGCUGGCCAGCAUGGGCCAACUGAAUGUGAAGAAUGAGGAGCUGGAGGCCAUGGUGAAGGAGGCCAGCGGCCCCAUCAACUUCACGGUUUUCCUGACCAUGUUCGGCGAGAAGCUGAAGGGUGCUGAUCCCGAGGACGUCAUCUUGAGCGCUUUCAAGGUCCUGGACCCCGAGGCCACUGGCACCAUCAAGAAGGAAUUCCUUGAGGAGCUCUUGACCACCCAGUGCGACAGGUUCACCCCCGAGGAGAUGAAGAACCUGUGGGCUGCCUUCCCCCCAGAUGUGGCUGGCAAUGUGGACUACAAGAACAUCUGCUACGUCAUCACACACGGAGAGGACAAGGAGGAGUAAAUUCCCCUGUCCUCAAGAUCUCCACCUCCGUUGAAACCCACACCCAUCCAUACCCUUUCUCCGUCUUCUCCCAACGAAACAUCUUCCUUGCACACACUCACGCCCAGGGUGGCUCUUUCUUCUUACAAAAAGACUUGUCUCCUUUAUCGAGAUGUUCAGUGAGAGGACGGAAGGCUGUGGGGGUGUUUGUGUGUGAGUACCAACAGAGGAACAUGGGAUUAUUUUCAAUAAAAAUAAUCUUGUGACAUUGAAACACUCUCUCUAUCUCUGUCCCUGCCUCUUCUUCCUCCUUCUUCCCCCCUGCCAUCACUCAUUCUGUCUUCCUGUGUUGAGGCAAACAGUGCAUGCAUCAUACCUACAUAUAUGCAUAUGCAGUUCAGUGUGGUUGGUCAAAGCGUCUCUUGGGUGCUGUGGUGCAUGCACAGUCACUUGCUUGAAACAGGCGAGCAGUCUGGCCCCGGUGGUCUGUUAGUCUCAGCCGGACACAGAGUGUUUAAUGGAUAUCUCCUUCUGUUUUGUAUCGGAGACAAGUGCACCAUAAAAGAGUGGGAGUACUGCGCUAUAAUAGUUUGCCUACCACCUCUCUUUUUAAUAGGUCUCU